AUGGUUUCUAGCUCUAUCGAAGACAAAGCCAAGACCCUCCGUCUCCUCGCGACCCUCCUCUAUAGCGCUGCCGAAGUCAUCGUUAAGGAAUGGGAGAUUGAAGCCGAAGACCCGAACCACGACCCCCUUCUCCCUUCCGAGACAUUGUACCAUGUUCGGCGGGCAGUCGUUGGCGCUUGCGGAAUGUACUCGGACCUCGUUCAAGAGCCGCAGCAUCGCCUCAUGGAGUUAUCUCUUCAGCAUUUCACCGCUAGGUGCCUCCAUAUCACUGCCAGGACUGGUGUUGCAGAUAUCAUCGCGGAAGCGGAUACUGGCUCAGGCGUAAAUAUCAAGACGAUUGGUACUAAGACUGGCAUUGAGCCGAACAGACUUACGCAAGUCUUGCACGCCCUCUGUUCACUCAACAUCUUUACCGAGAUCAAACCAGGUUUUUAUGGCAAUACCGAGUUGAGCCGACAGAUGGUGAAUAAUGAACCGCUAAGAAAUAUGCUCGUAGCCCAAGGACUCUCCAUAUUUUCCAGUUCUGUGGAGCUGCCAACUAUGCUGCUUAAUUCCGCUGGUGCUGAGAAGCCCAGAAAGACUGCGUACGAAGUGAUGCAUGGGGCUCCUUUCUGGGAAUACUUUGAACAGAACACGGCGAAGCUAGAUGACAAUCUGAAUCAACGGCCAGAGCUGGAGAUCUUUGCUCAUGCAAUGAUAGGCGCAGGCCGCGCCCAGUCGACGCCUGUAUACGCCGACUAUCCGUGGGAAGCCCUUCAAGAUGGGACGAUUGUCGAUGUUGGUGGAGGAGUGGGCGGAAUGAGCCUUGAUCUCGCAAAGCGAUUCCCUCGUCUACACUUCAUCUUGCAGGACCGCGCUGCUGUCAUCACCGAGGCGCAGGCAGUGUGGCGACAAGAACUCCCCGAUGCCGUUGCAACGAAGCGUGUGCAGUUUAUGGUCCAUGAUUUCUUUAAGGAGCAGCCUGUCAAAGGUGCCGACGCAUACUUGAUGCGCUACAUCUUACACGACUGGCCUGAAGAACAGUGCAUCACAAUCCUGUCGAAACUCAGGGAAGCUAUGGAACCACACUCCCGUAUCCUGAACGUGGACCACAUCAUGCACAAUACUGUAGGCUCAGCUCAUCUCAAGCGGGCUCCUGCACCUCUCCCGGCGAACUAUGGACACGCACAACUCUUCUCACACAUGUUUGACCUCGCCAUGCUUACCUUGUUUGACAGUAAAGAACACUCACCCGAAGAAUUUGCUUCUCUAGCGGAGAAAUCUGGGUUGAAGGUCGUGAAGAUCUGGGAGUGUCGAACCGUUUUAGGCGUGGCGGAGAUGAGGAGAGAUGACACAGCUCUGAAUUGA